CGAUGCUCACGGGAUUGUUUUCAGUCAGGUGACAUUUUUCUCCACAGCUCCACCAGCAGUUGCGAUUCUUUUCCGCAGCCACGAUUUGCAUCAAUUUUACUAUUUAAAGUGAAUCUGUUAUCCCCGGUUCAAAUAUGGCACUGUUAUCGGCAAUGAAAGGAAAAUUGAUCUCCGUCAUUGGAGACGAAGACACUUGCGUCGGAUUUCUGCUCGGUGGAGUGGGUGAAAUCAACAAGAACCGUCACCCCAACUUUAUGGUGGUAGACAAGAACACUGCUGUUAGCGAAAUUGAGGAUUGCUUCAAGCGUUUCAUCAAGCGCGACGAUAUCGACAUCAUUCUCAUCAACCAGAACUACGCCGAACUGAUCCGUCACGUGAUCGAUGCGCACACGGCCCCCACACCAGCGGUACUGGAAAUUCCUUCCAAAGAUCAUCCGUACGAUGCCAGCAAGGAUUCGAUUCUGCGUCGCGCUAAGGGUAUGUUCAAUCCGGAAGAUAUGAUUGCUAAUCGCGGUUAAGUCGUAGCGGACACCACCCACCACAUCCUUCAUCCCGCCAAGAUCCCCGGGAGUUUGCGUGUUUGGAUCCUGCACCAGCAGGGUCGUAUAGUAUUCUGCCUCCCUACAGUCCUCCCUCGUUGUUAUGUUGUUAGCAUUCCAUUCAGGAUUAACAGAAUAAAAAGGAUCACCCUUCUGGCUCUGUA